AUGAGCACCAUGUUCGCCCUUCCUUUAGUGGUGCACACAGUGCCGGCAAACAGUAUUCUAGUGCAGACAAGAGCCAGGAAGAUUAUGACUAGAACGCCUGUCGCUGCUGUCUGGCUGCUGGUUUUGGCAAAUUUGUUCUUCGCCGCUCUUGGAAUUGGCCUCGCCGUCAUGGCUUGGAUGGCAGCAGAUCAGGACGUUCAUCAAGUCAGGACGCGGCUUGGUGUUCCAGGAUUAGCGGCUGCUCUCUUCGAGAGGAACUCCGAGAACCGCAUCGUCAAGUCUGACAAGGAGUUGUUCCAAGAGAACGACAAGAAUGGAGUACCGCUGGUUCUUGUUGGAGUUCAACAUACCGUUACUGGAGGCAUGGCGUGGUCACUUCGCGACAACCAAACUGGCCGUCCAUGUUUGGCGGACGGGGCGAAGAUGUCGACUGCUCAAAUCAGUGAUACCACGCACUCGAUAUCAAACCAGACGACCGGCGCUGAGGAGGUCGUCCGCAUAUCCGACAGCUCUGGUAAUGAGGCUGUGGAACAUCAGCCAAGCUCCGUCGUACCUUCAGAGCCUGUAACUCAAUUUGACGCUGUCAGCCCGAUUGAACAGCCUAAUCAAUGGGUGUAA